UCGUCCAGUUGCAGCAGCAAUAUCAAUUCCUUCACCGAUCUCUCGAUUCCCUUUUUCGAAUAACUCCAACACAAUGUCUUCUAUCAUUCUUUCGAAGGAAGCCUGCCCUCCUGCCGGACCCUACUCCCAGGCGAUCCGCGCCAACGGCCAGAUCUUCGUUUCCGGCCAGAUCCCCGCCGACUCGACCGGUGCCCUGGUCGAAGGCAACAUUGGCGAGCUGACCCAGGCGUGCUGCAACAACAUCAAGGCCAUCUUGGACGCGGCCGGUACCAGCGUCGAGAAGGUCGUCAAGGUGAACGUCUUCCUCACCGACAUGGCCAACUUCGCCGAGAUGAACGCCACCUACGAGAAGUUCUUCGUCCACAAGCCCGCUCGCAGCUGCGUCGCUGUCCACCAGCUGCCCAAGGGUGUCCUCGUUGAGAUUGAGUGCAUUGCCCUGGAGUAAACUAGAAUACUACAAUGAAAGAAAAAUUUGCUAGUAUCUGGAACGUUGUGCACAUUUCUGCGGUAUUAUAGGCUCCAGCGGAUUGGGUCCAGCCUGUGUCUAUAUAUUUCAAAUAGCGCAAAAAGCACCUUGAUAUUGUACAUUUUCGAAGGUCGAUAUUAGAAAUGGCUUCAGGCUACUGAUAAGCUUUUCGACUGUAACGUUUGCUAUAAAAUUUCAGU